UCGACUUUUUUGACAUGAGGCAACAAGCCCUCUGGGGACAAGGAUGGGGCGGGGGAAAUUUUACGGUACACUUCAGAGUACAUGCACUGUGUAGGGCAAAAACACUCAAAUAGAUGUGCAUAUUUUACAUGUCGACUUUGUGUGGGACAGAGUUUGGACAUAGAGAAAAGCAACAUUGCCAAUAGUGUGGGUUGACACAGAGGAAAGGCUAUGAGGAACUGAAAUUUAUUUGGGAAAUUGAAUGCCAAAAGGGAGGAGGUGGAAUAUGUUAAACAACAGCUGACCAUUAGCCAAUUAAGAAUUAUACAGCAAGGUGACUAUGCAGAAAGGUUAAAAUGUCAAGUGAAAAAAUCCAGCCUCAACAAGGAUACGAAAUUUUUAGAAGAGUGUUGCAUUUACUUGCUGGAGGUGUUGGUGCAACAGCUGGUCAAUUUGUAACUUGUCCUUUAGAUGUUGUUCAAACUAGAUUACAGUCCACUCAUUUAAACUUUAGCAAUGUUUCUCAUUUUAAUACAAUCAUUGGGCAUCACUCACCAAUGCUUCAAAUUCAUCGUCCUAUUUUUGGAAUUACCUAUUUUCAAAUUUUACUGAAUUAUAUUCGUUAUAUGGUUAGAACAGAAGGUUUUAAGUCACUUUUUAAAGGAUUGUCACCUGGCCUUUUUGGUAUAGUUCCAGCAAAGGCAACAUACUUUUUCUGUUAUGCAAAUGUCAAAGCUAAAUUGACACAAUCUCCAAGAUUUAAUAGUCAUGACCAUGUAAUUCACACAUUAUCAGCGGUAUUCGCAGGAACUGUAACAGGUACUGUAACUAAUCCUGUUUGGUAUAUAAAGACCAAACUGCAACUGAACAGAACAACUUGCUCAAGUAUAUUAAAAGUUAUUCGAAAUGGGUAUGAAAAGCAUGGCCUAAAAUGUUUUUUUCGAGGAGUAUCUGCAUCUUAUGUUGGUGUUUUAGAAACAGUCAUUUACUUUCUUCUGUAUGAAGAUUUGAAAAAAACUUUCAAUAUGAAUCAAAGAAAAUUCAAAGGGGAGAAAUUUCAUCCAACGCAUCUGAUAGCUGCUGCACUUACAUCUAAAAUUACAGCUACAACAAUUAUGUACCCACAUGAAGUUAUACGUACACGUUUGCGGCAAGAUAUUAAGGACAACACUGGUAAGAUGAAAUACAGAACUUUCUUUCAGGCAUUAAAAACUGUGGCAAAGGAGGAAGGUCGUGUUGGCCUUUAUGGCGGAUUUGGAACAAGCCUGAUCAGACAACUUCCUAAUACUGCUGUGACUUUUUUAACUUAUGAAGCAAUUAUUUAUUUUCUUGACAAUUAUGAAAAUUGACAUUUUUAAAGAAAUAUACCAUUUAUAUUA